UCUAAGGGCUAAGGGGCGGAGCCUGAGGCGGGGCCGCAGACCAAGCUGCCGCGGAAGAUGGCGGCUGAGGCGCUGAGUGGAGGGGAGGCGCCGGUCUGCGACUCCGGCCGGAGUGAUGCCAUCUGCAAUUUUGUCAUUUGCAAUGACACUCCCCUUCGAGGUCGGCCUGUUAUCUUCAAUCCUGACUUUUUUGUGGAGAAACUCCGACAUGAGAAACCAGAGGUGUUCACUGAAUUGGUGGUCAGCAAUAUCACAAGACUUAUUGAUUUGCCUGGAACUGAGUUGGCUCAGCUGAUGGGUGAAGUGGACCUUAAGUUGCCUGGUGGGGCUGGCCCAGCGGCAGGAUUCUUCAGGUCUCUAAUGUCUCUCAAGAGGAAGGAAAAAGGAGUGGUAUUUGGAUCUCCAUUGACGGAGGAAGGCAUUGCCCAGAUAUAUCAACUGAUUGAAUAUCUGCACAAAAACUUGCGAGUAGAGGGCUUGUUUAGAGUACCAGGCAACAGUGUCCGACAGCAGCUUUUGAGGGAUGCUCUCAAUAAUGGGACCGAUAUUGACUUGGAUUCAGGAGAGUUUCACUCAAAUGAUGUUGCCACGCUGCUGAAGAUGUUUCUAGGGGAGUUACCAGAGCCCCUGCUGACUCAUAAACAUUUUCAUGUGCACCUCAAAAUUGCUGAUCUGAUGCAGUUUGAUGAUAAAGGAAAUAAGACCAACAUACCAGACAAGGAGCGGCAGAUUGAGGCCCUGCAGCUGCUCUUCCUAAUCCUCCCUCCAGCCAAUCGGAACUUGCUGAAGUUACUGCUUGAUCUCCUGUAUCAAACGGCAAAGAAGCAAGACAAGAAUAAGAUGUCCGCCCAUAACCUUGCUCUUAUGUUUGCACCCCAUGUCCUGUGGCCCAAAAAUGUCACUGCAAAUGACCUUCAGGAGAAUAUCACAAAGUUAAACACAGGGAUGGCUUUUAUGAUCAAACACUCUCAGAAACUUUUUAAGGCUCCUGCUUAUAUUCGGGAAUGCGCCAGGUUGUACUAUUUGGGCUCCAGAACUCACGUGUCGAAGGAUGAUCUUGAUCUGACAACCUCAUGUCAUGCCAUGUCCUUCCAGCUGGCAAGAUCUCAGAAACAGAACAGGGUAGAUUCUUAUUCCCAGCAGGAGGAGACCCAGCAACACACAGAAGAGGCACUGAGAGAGCUCUUCCAACAUGUUCAUAACUUGCCAGACUCAGCAAAGAAGAAACAACUUAUCAGACAGUUCCAUAAGCAGUCUUUGACUCAAACGCCAGGGAGAGAACCUUCUACUCCCAGGGUCCAGAAGAGAGCCCGCUCACGCUCCUUCAGUGGGCUUAUCAAGCGCAAAGUCCUGGGCAGUCAGAUGACUUCAGAAAAGAAAAACAGUUCUCCUGCUCCAGAGUCUGUGGCCAUGGGGGAACUGAAGAAAGCCAGCAAAGAAAAUACGAACUUGUUCUUCUCUGGCUCUCCAGCUGUCACAGUGACACCAAUGAGAUUGAAAUGGUCUGAGGCGAAGAAAGAGGGAAGAAAAGGAUUCUUUUGAAGGCUCUACUUACUUCUGCUCUUCACAGUGAAGUUUCUCUUCGGUGGGACAAGUGUUAUUUCUGUUUUCAGUGAAAUUUGGACUUGCAGCUUGCUUGCUGCAUUUUGACUUGUGAAAGCCAACUCAAACCCUGACACGACUAAUACCUCUAACCCACUCACUGGAUGUCUCUGACACUGUGCCUCUGAGCAAGUGCUACACUCUGUGUUUGUUUUUAAUGUCAGGAAGCCACUAGCUGCCUGAGCAGCUUACACAGUGCAGCAGGUAGGCAGGGCCAGCUGCUCUUACUCAAUGUGCUCAGGUCAGUUCUGUUUCUUCAAAUAGAAGAUUUUGUGUUUAAUUGCUAGUAAUAUUUUUUAAAAGUACUGUAGGUCUUAGUGGAUUGUUAUUAUUAUUAACUGGUAUUUGAGGCUUUCCUCUGUGUUGUUAGUAUUGAGUAACUGCUUGGUUAUUUACUUGUUUUAAAAGCCAUUAUUUUGAUGGAUAAUUAAGCAAAUUACAAGUUAAAUUCCUUUGACCCAUUUUUAUUUUGAGCUUGAGAAAUCUCUUUAUUUUUGUGUUCAAAGAAUUUACAGCUUUCCUAGACAAUCUAUUAUUCUUGUGUCUAAUAUAGAGGAUUUGACCUGCCAAUGAGAAAGAGUUCAGUACAGUGUAUUUAACAGAUCUCAGUUACUAAGCUGCACCCCAUACCUCUGUCUUCCCCUUAUGAUGUGAGAUGGCUGUGCGGUUGUUACCUUGCUUCCUUCAUUAUCAUCCUUUCACCUAGAACCUGGCUGGUGCCACUGCAACACUCUGUGCUUGGUUACUGUCACUUGGCAAAUGUUGUUUGUGAUGUGCUUCAUAGAGCUUGCUGCAGUGUGCAUAUAGUGGAAACUGAAGUUGGCCCAGGAGGGGCUGGUUGGCUUCGGUAGGAUCCUGUCACGAUCCUGUCACAGGUUCCUAGGGAUCAAAUGUGCUGCUCACCUGUCUCCUGAGAGCAGCUUGGAAUCAGGAAAGGCAUGUGUGACAGUCUCUGCAGGGUCCUUUCCACAGGAAGCACUUGUGGUGUGUCCCUGCUCAUCUCCUUGUCCGGAUGGGUACAGGAAGUGAUGAAGUAUGUUGAGCCACUGUCUAGUGAGCCGCAGGUGGCAGUUGAAGAUGUCGAGGUGUGGGCCUGGAUCUGUGGAAAUGUGCAACCAUGCUCACCCUCCUGUGGGGAACCAGCUACCCAGCAAAAUACGGUUCCAGGCUGAUGAUAGACAGUUGAACAGUGUCAUUGCUAAGAUGAAGGCUGAAGUUAUCUGUCUGUCUGUCUGUCUGCCCUCUCUCCAUACUACACUGUCUUGUUGUCCUCACAGCCAUGCUGAAGGAGAAUGUGAUAUUUGCCCUUCUAGCUGGAUAAUUUGGGAGCAUGGAGGUAUGCAAUCUAUAAUGACUUUUAAGUUUCUUUCUCUAAAGCAGUUGUAGGUCAUCCUUAAGGGUCUUUAUUAGCAAAUUCAUUUGUCUAGGUUUUUGACUCUUUCUGGUGGUGUUGUUACUAAGAAAAAGGUUCUUUUCUUUUUAAAAUAAAUUUCUCGUGCCAGGUAUAUAGUGAGGUCAAACAGAAAUCCCUUUUGUAAUAGCAAAUCAGAGACGCUGUCCUCAGCAUGGAGCUUGCUUUCAGUGUUCCACCAUGCUGUAAUGUAGCACUAUGCAGAGCUAGCCAAGCAGUGCCUUGACGCAUCCAGGAGCUCUAUACUCUGAGCGAGCGAGAGAGAAAGAGAGAGAGAGAGAGUGGGACUGAGGAGGCGAGUGUGGGCAAAUGGAAGCAAUGCCCAGGGGUGGUCUGGUCGAGGGUGGUGAGAGAGGAGUGCCCUGUGCAUGUGCUCUCUCUAGCUGGCCUCUUGGGCAGUUAGUUACCACCUGUAUUUGGGAAUGUAUAUUUUAUUUAUUUAUUGGAUAGUCAUUACUUGCUUUAAGGGUAUUUUAGGUCAUUUUUUUCUUAUAGAAGCUGUGAUCCAGUGCAGAAUAAACUUGAGGAAAAGCAUAACCUUCCGUGUCUUGUAAUAUGUGGCUGUUCUAACCUGUGGUAUCUUCUGGGAAACUCAGACAAAAGCUCCACCACUGUCACAGAAGGUGACAGGUGUUGCUGUUGUGUUGCCCUUCUGACAAGGAGUACAGUUGCUGUUUUUGAGCCAGUAUUUAACAAAUGUUUUUAACCUUUUGUUUGAGACAGAGGUUUUUCUGUGUAGCCCUGACUGUCCUGAAACUCACUCUGUAGACCAGGCUGGCCUUGAAUUCAGAGUUUUCCUGUCUCUGCCUCCCCAGAGUUGGGAUUAAAGACAUGAGUGGCCACUGUCCAGCUGACCUGUGUCUUAAAGGAUGUUUAUUGUAUUUAUUUUCCAUGUUGGAGCAAUCUCUUUGACAGAACCUUUCUUUUCUUUCUGGGGUUGUCAUAGGCUUUGAUGAUGUGUCAAAGUGUCGAGUGGUUAUUGUUGCCAGAGGGUCCCAAGUCUGAAGAGACAGCUAUCUGCACUAGGUAAAUGGAUAGAGGCUGUGGGCCAUUUCUCUGACAUUUCACAGAAGUGGAUUUUCUCACUGAGAUCAGUGAUCAGGUGUGAACCCGUCCCCACCUGUCCUCCUGCCCACAUUCCUCAUCACACAUGCACUGUGUAGGGAACAGUUGGGAGGCAGCAUUGCUUGUACCUGAGUGCCAGAACAUUGUAGAAGUACAGCUGAUGGGUCCCGAGGGAGCCCACAGUUGUCCAUUCACACAGAACGUGCUAUACUCUGAAGGUCCUCCUAGAGUCAGGAUUGCUGAAAAAGCACCCUGGAGAUGAGGCAGCACAAGAUGCUGACUGACAGGCUGUGCACUGAGGUCUGUUCUCUGUGACAUCGUUUUCCCCUGGAGACAGCAUCAUUCCUGCUCUCCUACACCCCGGAGUCUGUAGUCUGAAGUGAGUGAGGAUCCAGAGCUAAACCAACAGGAGUGUCCUAGAAUUUGGAGAGGAUGUGACUUCCUAAGAUGGAGCUUUUGAGUGACCUUAGUGCCUGGCAGCCUGAGGGCAGACUCCCGGGGAACGUGAGAGCUGUGUGCAGUUGAUGGAGGUAGGCCAGUGAGGAGAUGGAAGAGAAAUAAUAGCUUGAGUGCUUUGUCACCAUGGAAACUGGAGUUCGUGAGGCCAUAGCCCGUGCUGAAGAGCUUUUGAGCAUGCCCCUGACAUGCUUGGUCCAGUGUGCUUUAGAGAAGGAGUUCUCUCACCUAAGGCCUUUCAGCAAGGCUCACUCGCUCACUCACUCGACCCCCAAAAGGUUUCUUAGGAGAAGGUUGUACCUAUUUGUUAUUUUUUAUUAUUUUGCAUAUAUAUAUAUAUAUAUAUGUAAUUGUAAAGAAACAAUAUUGUUUUUUAUAUUCAUGUAAUACUCUGAAAUUAAAUUUUUUCUGUUUCAU